CUGCCUCUGCUCCCAGAGCUCCCUGUCCCCGCCCCGAAGGCCGGCUCGCUCCACUCCCACUUCCUGAGCCCAGCGCUGGAGCCCUGGAGGCCAGGCCAGGCCGCUGGGCCCCCGGGGGCGCGUCAGCCCCAGCCCUGUCGCAGGCCCCGGGCUCGGAAGGCUGCUCUCACCGCUGCCCAGGACGUGCAGGCCUCCCACCUUCCUCCCCCGGCCUCCGCCCCAUCUGGCCGACUGGCCGACUGGCCGCCAUGCGCCUGCCCUGGGCUGCCUCCCCCUGCGGCCUGGCCUGGGGGCCACUCAUCCUGGGCCUCUGCGGUGUCCUGGCAGCGUCCCAAGCCCAACUGGUGAGGGCGGGGCCCGUGCAGGAGCCCCCAUACCACACAGAGAACCAAACCUGCCGGGACCGGGAAAAGGAGUACUACGAACCCAAGCAUCAGGUCUGCUGCUCCCGCUGCCCCCCAGGCACGCACGUCUCGGCCGAAUGCAGCCGCAGCCGGGACACUGUUUGUGCCCUGUGUCCCGAAAAUUCCUACAACGAGCACUGGAACCAUCUCUCCAUCUGCCAGCUGUGCCGUCCCUGUGACCAGAUGCUGGGCUUCGAGGAGACCGUGCCUUGCACCAGCAGACAGAAGACCCAGUGCCGUUGCCAGCCGGGAAUGUUCUGCGUGCACUGGGACACUGAGUGUGUGCACUGCGAGCCACUCUCCGACUGCCCGCCUGGCACCGAGGCCCAGCUGACAGAUGAAGUCGGGGCGGCUAACAGAAACUGUGUGCCCUGUAAGGCAGGCCACUUCCAGAACACCUCCUCCCCCAGGGCCCGCUGCCAGCCCCACACAAGGUGUGAGGAGCAGGGCCUCGUGGAGGCUGUUCCAGGCACUGCCCAGUCUGACACCAGCUGCAGAAAUCCACCAGAGCACCCUGAGAUGCCAGGCCCCAGGUUCAGGUGGAUCAGAAAGGGCAAGCUCCCAGGAUGUCCAAGUCUUCCUGACCUUCCCCAGAACACACUUGGAACUGUGAUGGUGCUGGCCAUCCUGCUGCCGCUGGCCUCAUUUCUGUUCCUCACCACCGUCCUGGCCUGCACCUGGAAGAGCCACCCUUCUCUCUGCAGGAAGCUGGGAUCCCUGCUCAAGAGGCGUCCAGAGGGAGAGGAAUCAAAUUCUGCUGACGGAAGCUGGGAGCCUCCAAGGGUCAACCCACAUUUCCCUGACCUGGUAAAGCCACUUCUGCCCUUCCCUAGAGAUACGGCCCUGGCCUCGGCCAGGCUCCCAGCGCCCCCGAGUUUGGAGGAAGAGGUGCUACAGCAGCAGAGUCCUCUCAGCCAGGCCAGGGAGCUGGAGCCUGAGCUCCCAGAGCAAAGCCAGGUGGCCCAUGGUACCAAUGGCAUUCAUGUCACCGGCGGGUCUGUGACCGUUACCGGCAACAUCUACAUCUACAAUGGGCCAGUCCUGGGGGGAGCACGGGGCCCUGGAGACCCCCCUGCUUCCCCAGAGCCUCCGUACCCCACCCCUGAAGAGGGUGCCCCUGGCCCUCCCGGGCUCUCUACACCCUACCAGGAGGAUGGCAAAGCUUGGCACCUGGCUGAAACAGAGACACUGGGCUGCCAUGCCCUCUAACAGGGCCAAGGACCCAACUCGUCACCCAUGCCUCUUGGUGUCUGGGAACAGCCAGGAGAAGGGAGUGCAAGAGCACCUUCUCCCUGAGGCUACGCUACCCAUACGGGAUUGACCGAGGGCCUGGGUAGGGCCCCUGAGAGGCAGACCGUAAGGGGCCGGGCCUCAGACACAUCUCCGAGAGCAGGGCCAGGCACUGGCUGGGUAUGUACCCGCCACAAGACUCUCACCGCCAUCUGAGCAGGCCUGAGACUUCAUUGCAGACCCUCCUGCCCACUGGGCCUGCAGCAGCUCAGCUUCCGGCACGGACAGGGCAUAUGAUGCUCACUGCUGCCCACCAUGGUGUGCUGUACCCUCAGCAUGGCACAGAAGGAGGCCAGUCCUUGUCACUUGCAAGGACAUCAGUGGGACCUCCAGCAGAUUCGUGGUGCUCAUCCCCAAGCUUCAGAGGCCCUUUGAGAGCCCGCACGUCACACGGACUGAAGUAGACCCUAUAUGAAGAUGGAGUUACAUGGAGGACCACCCCUCCCCUCUCCGCCUAACAGGAAAGGGAGUCAUUAAAAACCGGGGGUUUGGACACACUUACUAGGUAGAAGGGGGAGUUUGGGAGGGGGAGGAAAAUGGCAAGUGUAUUUAUAAAUUGUAACCACAUGCAAAUAAAGAGGAGAUUGAGACCUA